AUGCUGCGCUUGUCCGUCCCCUUCGGCGUUAGAAGUUGGCAACCAACCGCAAGCCAUGCUAUCAUGUAUAGGGCUCUCCUGCACAGUUCUCGCAGUGGCCCCACCAUGACCAGACUGUCGACGGUUAAUUUGAAAGAUUUCAGGAGGCAAUUAGCCAAUGAUUCCGAAUCACGUACAAGAGCUCCCUUGAACCGGCACAAUGACCAAAUAUUGAAGGAAAUAGGCACCACUAUAGCCAAUGGCAGGUCAAGCAGAGGAUCUGGUGGUAUGACGGCAGUGGUGCUCAUUUUCGUGUUACCGGCUUUGCUCUCAGCUGUGUUAUACACUGGAUAUAACACUUAUAAAGGAACCCCUACGUUUUUGCCUGUGUGGUUCCAAAAGAAGUUUCCGAUAUCAGAGGUGUCUAACAUCGAACAUGUGGAUCUGGAUGUUUUGAAGAAGCAUACUGAAUAUUCCGUGUUGGAGAAGCUGUCUUUGGAUCACCGGAUACGUUCUCGUUUCGGGCUUCCGCUACAGAUGGGAGAGCUUGAGCAGUUUGAUGUGUACGUUGAGUUCCACGAUUACGGUUGCUCGGGUUUGCAGAUUGAUCCUAUAAACAGGUUUCCUCCGAGCUUUAAGUGGAUCACCAAAGAGGUGGUCAUCCACGACAAGUUUCAGAACAUCUUGGAACCAAUGAGUGUUGGCGCUCAAAAAGGAAUAGGAAGACGAGAUGAUGAUAAGUUUAACAUUUAUGAAAACAACAAGGAAAAGAAGGCGACUUCGAAAAGAGAUUACAAUAUUGUGGUUUAUGGCAGGGUUCCAUUGAAUAGCAUCAACUCUGCUAUCACUGACGGUGCAGUGACUUUCACCGGGAUAGUGGAGUUUGAUCAUACGAAGACAGUCAAGAUCAAAAAUGUCAAGCUAAUCUACAGGGUCAACGGAAACGUCAAAAUAGAACCAUUAUGGUGA